AUGCCCUGCGGCCGCACCCUCCUCCGCCUCCUGGCGGCCCUGGUGGCCGGUGGCGCCGUCGCCUUCCUCGGCUACUGUGUUUACUUAGACCGUAAGCGGCGCGGGGACCCCGCGUUCAAGCGUCGCCUGAGGGACAAGAGAAGAGGCGAACGGCCGGGGGCGGAGGCGCGGCCGGCACAGUUGUGGAAUCCAGCAAAGAAUGAAAAGUUGCAAGAACGUUUUUUGCAAGAGGUACAGAUGGGAGAACUUUGGUUAUCUAGAGGAGAGCACAGAAUGGGGGUUGAACACCUCAGCAAUGCCCUUUUAGCAUGUGGGCAACCACAGGAACUUCUGAAGGUUUUCAAACACACACUCCCUCCCAAGGUAUUUGAGAUGCUGUUGCACAAAAUUCCCCUUCUAUGCCAGCAAUUUGAGGCAGACAUGAAUGAACAGGAAUGCCUGGAGGAUGAUCCCGAUUGAAAACCAUCUCAAAGUACCCACAGCCCAG